AUGCAACUUGACUCUGAUCAUGCCAUCGUGCAGGCCAGGUUAUCACUCUUCCUUGCGUCAGAAAUACGCGCGCAGUCCCCGGGUUUCCGUCAACCUUAUGUUCUACUUGAAACCAAAUUGCACGAAAUUAGCGAAUAUACACUCAUCUGCAAACUAAUUUGGUUCUUUCGAGAGACUCACCUGGAACCCAGCUGA